AAAGAGUAACAAAUAAGGGCUUUUCUUCUUGGCUUCUAGUCAAAAAAAAAAAAAUAAAAAAGUAAGAAAAAAAACUUAAAAACCCAACGAUAUGGACAUGAUAUCUACUGCUGAAGAAGGCAACUUCAAUGGCAAUGUUUCCGGUAACCAGAAAAUCCUUCGCACUUCUUCAAAGCGCAUUCAAAAGGAGCUGGACGAGAUCACACGUGAUCCACCUGCCAAUUGCAGUGCCGGUUUGAAGGAGGACAACCUGUACGAGUGGGAAUCUACCAUUAUGGGACCAUCGGAAUCCGUUUACGAGGGCGGCAUGUUCUGCCUCGACAUACAUUUCCCCAAGGAUUAUCCUUUUAAGCCGCCAAAAGUCAAAUUUCGCACGCCCGUCUAUCAUUGUAAUAUCAACCUGGGCCACAUUUGCCUGGAUAUUCUCAAGGAAAACUGGUCGCCGGCACUGACCAUUACAAAGGUGCUUCUAUCCAUUUCGUCACUGCUCACCGAUUGCAAUCCGGACGAUCCCUUGGUGGGCUCCAUUGCCAAGCAAUAUGUUUUGAAUCGAGAAGAACACGAUAAAACUGCACGUCUCUGGACGAAAAGAUAUGCCAAAUUGGAAUGAGUUCCGCGACCCUUAAAGUUUCUCAAUCCAAAAACGACAGCAAUACAAAUAAAGUAUUCUUCAAAUGGAUAAAUUAAAUUAAGCUAAAUUAAGAAGCAACCAAGCACAUAAGUUAUUUAACUGUUUUUCCCAUUUUUUGCUUUCUAUUUCGUUAUUUGUUUAAAGGACAUGUGUUCA